AGUUUCAAGAAUACUGUGGACUAUAAGUAAUCCAGAUAAAAAGAAAGAAAGAAAGAGAAAAGGCCGCCGGUUAGGCCAUCUCCGAAUAGGGCUGGGGACGACUUCAUAGUUCUUUGAAGUCACACAGCUUCCGAGCAGGGGGAGAGAAAGAGCAAUGGACAGAGACUGGGGAUCGAAGCCAGGGAGCGGAGGCGCCGCCUCGGCUCAGAAUGAGGCCAUUGAUCGGAGAGAGCGCCUCCGAAGGCUCGCCCUAGAAACCAUUGAUCUCGCCAAAGAUCCCUAUUUCAUGCGUAAUCACCUCGGAAGCUACGAGUGUAAGCUCUGCUUGACAUUGCACAACAAUGAGGGGAAUUACUUGGCGCACACACAAGGAAAGCGGCACCAGACCAAUUUGGCAAAGAGAGCCGCUCGUGAGGCCAAAGAGGCCCCUGCCCAGCCUCAGCCCCACAAGCGCAAAGUCGCCCUCCGCAAGACUGUCAAGAUUGGUAGACCUGGGUAUCGGGUAACAAAGCAAUUUGAUUCUGAGACGAAGCAGAGAUCUCUUCUCUUCCAGAUUGAAUAUCCUGAGAUUGAAGACCUCUCGAAACCAAGGCAUCGGUUCAUGUCAUCCUUUGAGCAGAGGCUCCAGCCCUUUGAUAAAAGAUACCAGUAUCUUUUGUUUGCUGCUGAGCCAUAUGAGAUCAUUUCUUUUAAGGUUCCCAGCACUGAGAUUGACAAGUCCACUCCAAAGUUUUUCUCACAUUGGGAUCCAGACUCUAAGAUGUUCACGUUGCAGUUAUAUUUCAAAACCAAGCCUCCCGAACCAAACAAGCCUCAAUCUGCUCCUGCAGCCAAUGGCACAGCAGCUCCUGGUGUCCCACCAAGGCCAUUGCCUCCGCCACCCCAAGCUCCUCCUCCUCCGCCGCCUCCUCCACAAGGACUUCCAACUGGGACGUCAAUUGCUAAUCCUCCUAGAGCCCCGCCUCCUUCAAUGCCUCCGCCACCACCAGCAGUGGCCAAUGGUCCUAGGCCUAUGCCCCCUGGUGGAGCUCCAGCUGCCCCACCACCACCCCCAGUUGGCAGUGGUACUAUGGCGAAUUUCACUCCAGGACCUCAGGUUAGCAGGCCUCCAGGGAUGCCUCCACCCCAAGGCUUUCCAGUCCAACAAAUGCAGGGUCAAAAUGUCCGCCCCCCUCCACCACCUCCGAACAUGGGAUGAUAGGUUCACAGCGCCUUGUGUCUUAGUGAAAUUUGGUUAUUUUUGUUCAGUAUGGAUGCAUUAUAAUGAGGACACAGUGAACUCAUUAUCUGAAAAUCAGCUGCCGUGUUUUGAUGCGGGGGUUUGGACGGGAUUCUGGUAAAUCUGACCAGCAAGUUUCAACUGCAGUUGUUCCUUAAAUAUUUGCCUUUUUUUUUUUGGUUUUUUUUUCGGUGUCAGCAAUGAAAUUUUGAGGUGAUGGCUUGAAGUUUCAGGCGGACAUUGGGUUCUUUUUUGUCUUUUAGUGGGCUGUUUGGAACUUAAAAAAUGUUAAGAAAAAUAUGGUGGAAUUUUUAUUUA